CUGCGGACCUGCGCUAUGCGAGUCGAGCGUCCCGUCACGGCGAGCGUCCCGACGCCGCUCUCUCGACUCGCUCGACGACGCGGCCAGCUCGACGCAGUCAGUACACGCGUCCCGACGCCCGGGGAUGCGUCCACCGGUGGUAGUGUAGCUUCGUUUCGCGCGAGCCUCUCGGACGGAGCGGGUGACGUUUCGCCGUGGGAAAAAAGAUUCGUGCAAAGUCCGCGGCGGGUUCAAUCACAGAGGGACGGAGGAAAAAAAGUGCGCGAACUUGGGGGACGUUAAAAGAGGGAUUCGCGCGCGUAUGGCGCGUCGUGUCACACUCUCGCCAGUAUAAUGCUACACUUUUUUCGCGAGAAUGAGGGUGGCACGGCUAUUACUGUGCUGCGUACUUCUCGAAGACUACAGCACCAAUCUCGGCGGAACGGCAAUUACCAGUGACGCUAUGCGCCAGGACGGUGCAUCCUCGUCCGCGACGAAUCCGACGCUAUCAGAUGUGCCGAGUUUCUCCGAGCCGAUCGGCAACGUGACCGCCGCCAUCGGCAAAGAGGUCGCCCUCUCCUGCACCAUCAGAAAAGUGGGGAAUUACAAGGUGGGAUGGCUACGCGCCGAGGACCAGACGAUAUUGUCGAUGGGCGAGCGCCGGGUCACCCACUCGCCCCGGUUCUUCGUCACCCUGGAGAACGCCAAGACAAAGAAUCAGACGCAGUCGCGGGAGGAGGAGGAGGCCACCUGGCAGCUGCACAUUCGGUCGCUGAAGGAGGCCGACCGUGGCUGCUACAUGUGCCAACUCAACACCAAGCCGAUGUUGAGCCAGCUGGGAUGCGUGGACGUUCUAGUGCCACCCGACAUCCUGAGCACCGGCACAUCGGACGGCGAGGUCUCCGUUCUCGAGGGUGAGAACGCCACGUUGUCGUGCAAGGCGUCCGGACGACCGCCGCCUCGCGUGUUCUGGCGACGAGAGAAAAGUGAAUUCAUACUCAUGAGAGGUGGUCACGACCCGCUGAUGCCAAUGGAGAGCCUGUCCGGCGAGAGGCUAGAAUUAAUCAGGGUAGACAGGAGGCAAAUGGGGGCUUAUCUUUGCAUAGCGAGAAACGAAGUGCCCCCGGCGGUCAGCAAGAGGGUUAAUCUCAAAGUAAAUUUCCCACCCAGCGCAAAGGUAUCGAAUCAGCUGCUCAGCUCCCCGCUGGACACGGACGUGUCGUUAGUCUGCUUGAUCGAGGCUUAUCCCAAGACGAUUAACUUGUGGAUGCGAAAGGAGAAAGUGAUCAUGAACGGAGAUAGAUACGAGAUCGACGAGCGGAGCAAUCCCGAGGAGGAAUGGAAGACAACGAUCGUGUUGAAGAUAAGGCGCUUGGAGAAAAAGGAUUUGGGCGAGUACACGUGCUCGGCUUCCUCCAGCAUGGGAAAAGCCGAGGCGAAUCUCAGAGUUCACGAGAUCGAGCGGCCGACCGAAUCCAGCCGCGCCACCUCAACCAACUCGAAGCGACUGAACCGAGGCAAGUCAAAGUCCGGACAAGGGGCGGUGGUCAAUCGGGUUUUCCACCAGCAGGUGAGCACGCCGGCGAUGCAGAAGAGCACCGCGCGAUUGAUCUACAACAACAGAUACGUGAGCACGUCGACGACCGCGGACCCGCGCGCGCACUUAAUUAAGGAGCACGGCGACGCUUUCAAGCACAACGGCAACAACGACAACCAGAAUCUCAAGGAUCGCAGCGACGCGUCCGCGACCAUUCCCGCCGGCAAGCAGAUCGUUUUGCCACUCUGCUUGCUACUGUUCUCCACGGUGCGAUAAAACUAGACGGACCACGACCACGACUACUAUUACUUCUACUACGACGACAAAGACGACGACGACGACGACGACAACGAGAGAAAAAAGAGGAGAGCUGUUCUCCGUCGUGAAAAUUAUUCCGCGAGUCAACGUGGGACCCAUGUUUAUCGAUCCUAGAGGACGACGAUCGAAAGAAAAUUCACCAAGAGCUUGCUUUCUCACAACGCGAGGGAAUAAUUUUCGGACGACAGUGACGACGACGACGACGACGACGAGGAUGAGGACGAGGACGAGGACAAGGACGACGUGGAGCUAAUGAAAGAACCAGCUGAUGCUCGGUUUAAUUAGUUAGAUUGAUGUUCUUAGGGAGGCGAGUUGGCGAGAAAUCGUAGGGACCCGCGAGCGUCUGGAGGCCGCUUACGCGGAAGGACAGACAAACAGAAGGGGUGAAGUUCGAUCCGCUAAUGCGCGCGAAUGCGAAUGUCCGAGACAACCGCCGCGAAUUUUUACGGAAAGACGCUUACGAAUGUAUUUUUUAUGACCCUUUUAUCCGUUGCUAACGUGCGAGCUGUUGGUUGGGAGGGUGCGGAAUGUGCUCUUUGGUUAGACUGAACGUAACGUUGCCCGGAUGUAUCUUUAGGAGGAUGCGAGAGGAGGGGUGGUUUUUAUUAUUAUUUUAACGGCGGACGAACGGUUGCUUCUCUCAUACUCUCUCUUGUUUUUUUUUCUUUUUUCGUGGUAUUAAUAGGUGACUCGGGGUGAGAUUUUAUAACAUUAGCAUCAAAAGCCUUAUAUACAUGCAGGGUGUCUAUCUCGAGCGAACCGUCGCCGUCAUUGACGAAACGGAGGAGCCGCGUGCGCGCGCGGUUUACAACCGGUUUAUUAAUGAUCGCUUUUUAACAUCGCGAACAUCCCGCGACUUUUCGUGGCGGUCCUCUCAUAUCCCAUGAUGACAGCCACGUUUCCUAUCAAAACGAGCGUCCGUUACGUUGCCACGUUUACGUAAUAUGUCUUCUCGUCGAUGAAUCAUCACGCGACCUUUCCGAGCAAUUGCGCGAUUGUACCCAAACGCAGACAAAUAAUUAGCAUACUAAUUUGUAUGUAAGAAGAGAUAAAACGAUAAAAUGUUUGUUCGUUUCCGAGUCGAAAUUUUCUCGUUCCACAUUAACCCUACAAAUUCGACAAAAAUUUGAAGGACUAAUGAAGAAUCUCGAAAUGUAACGUUCUACAAAAGCUAUUUUCCUACUCUGAUACUACAAAUGAUAACUUCUUAUCGUUUUCUUCAUGACGAGUUUCCAAAACAAACAUUUAAAAAUUAUCUUAUAUUGAUUAUCUUAAUAUUCUAUCUGUAUUUAAUCCUCACUCGUAAUUUCAUUAAGCAAUAUAUUAAUUAUGUAAUGAAAUUCAGCUGCAACUAGAAUAUGUGUAAUAAGCAAAUAUUAAAUAACACAGCCCCACAAAAAAGAAGUGGUCGGUGCCUAAAACUGGAUAAGUAUACUCUUAUGUAUAUUGAUCCGUUGAAUCCGAAUCCGAGGUCAGAAUUGGACAAUUGAUAGCUUUAUCGUCAAAACUUCAAAACUUCAAAAAAUUGAUCAUAACUUCACUUAACAAAAUUAAGCUGUA